CACCUGACGGCUUUCAUCCAUGAGUUUGAAAGCAACCUAAUUUCGUAGGUUAUUUUAUUAUAUGGAAAGUGAAACUUCACACUUUUGUGGUAAUGCUGCCUCCAAAGAAUUGCCUCCCGAGAAACUACAGCUGUAUGGCUGGGUUAUUCGGUAGCCUGGCUGCGGCUAGCCAGAGGAAAGAAGAUGGGGAAGAAGAUACUGAUGAAGAUCAUUGCGAACCUCUGGAGAAUCAUGUGGUGGCCGAAAGACCAAGAGGCAGGGAAUGUUUUUUGAAACCUCCGCAAAGUCCGACCUUGCGAAGAAGAUGCAAAUCAGUACCGACUCCGACUGAGAGAGGCAAGCUUGAAAUCGCAAGGAGACGGAGCCCGUCUAGUCAGAAAAAGGUCAGAUUUGCCGAUUCUUUGGGUCUGGAGCUUACCUCUGUCAAGCACUUUUGCGACGCCGACAUGCCUGAGGUACCUCAGCGGGUGCUGGACAAUUUCAAUAAAGGAAAUAAUCUUCAUCUAAAUAUCUUUGAAAAAUUCCCAAGAAUCCCUUCGCAGUCGAUUUUCAUGGAAUCCCACUUUAGUAAUCCUGGUCAAUUACCAGGAUUCCUCGAAAAAGUGAAGAGAAUGAAAGUGUUGUUAGAAUCUGUUGAAACGGACGAGUUCAGCCUGACGGGUUUGAUCCGUGUGUUAAACUUGGCUUUCGAGAAGACGGUUAUUUUGCGGUAUUCUCUGAAUAACUGGGAGACACAUUUAGAUAUGAUUGCGUCGCAUGUCCCCGAAUCAACCGACGGACUAACUGAUAAAUUCUCCUUCAAGGUCAUAACCCCGAUAUUUCUUGAGACUGGAAACUCUCUGCAGUUUGCCAUAAAGUACUGUGUAGCCGGUGAAGAGUUUUGGGAUAAUAAUAACGGCAAUAAUUACAAAGUUGGACGCCACACAUUUAAAAUAUCGCCUCCAAGGGAAUGGGAGAAUGGCUGGAUCCACUUCAUAUAGCUUGCGUUUUUAAAUGUAAAAAUAUAUAUUCAUUUUUCAUUUUGCUAAGACAGCUAGCCUACGGCGACCUUUUGCGUGUCAUUUCAUAAGUUAUGUGCUAAGGCUAUCAUAGUAUAAAAUACAAAAGCAGGCUGAUUCAAAUUAUAUUUUGAGGGGCCAUAUCCUCGUGUUGGGGUAGCCUCCUAUAUUUUAUAUGUGCUAUCGCGGGCUUCCCUGCUUUAUACAUGGAUCGAAUUUGUAACCUUGAGGUGGAUAGCUUGUAGGCAUAGCUGCACAAAAUGUGAGAUAUGAAAGCAGUGCAUUCACCUUUUCAGGGUUUUGUGUAAGCCUAUGUCGGCCGUGCUCUCUUUGGCACGACCAGGGUCUUCUUACGGUAGCCUAUUAUGUAAUGGGAUACUACGUGCCACGGUUUAAUUCAGUAAUACACGCAUUUAUGUCAUGCAUUGCCUAGUUAUCUUUAUCCUACUAAUUGUCCACAAAAUUGAGGCCUACGUAACUUUUAAACGUGCAGGCUAUAUAGCAUUGGAUACUGUGCAAUCUGUCUUUCUGAUUCUCCAGUGAAUCUGUCGGUGACCUUCUAUCCGUCAAUCUAUCGAUCAAUUUAACUGACUUCAUAACAGUUAACACAUAUGGGACACGUGUCCUGUGCAGCGGGCUGCAGUUAAGACUAGGCCUACAGCUCACUGUUAGAAAGGGACCACGUACAAAUCACUUUUACUUGAGGGAGAAAAUAUUCUUAAAUUCCCUGACAGGAUAAAAUUUAUGAAGGUAUUUUAUUUAAAUAAAGUUACUUAAGAUAUAAAUAUAGGCUGAUGUUUUGUAGCUCCAGAAUUAGACAAACGUAAUUCUUACUGCCAUUAGAUAUUGUCAUGAAUUUUGUCAGAAAGACAUUGCCUUAAGUGUCCAUGAAGCAUUGAAGGCCUUACUCACAGAAUGUUAAAAGGGUCAAAGUUUUGGGAUCAAAUUGAACUCCUCUGUUGGCAUAGUGACUAGCCUACUGACAUGGCUGCUGGAGCAGAAUACAGUAAAAGUAGAACUGAUAUUAAUACUGUGAAAGCAUAUAUUUUUAAUUAUUUAUCACAAGAAGAAAAAUAUAUAUUUGUUUGUCUUUAAGUUUACUCAGAUGGAUAGCCUACUCAAAGUGAAUGAGGUUCUCGAUAUGAUGGUAGUAGUGUCUGCUCUAAUUUCCCAAUAAAGGAUAUAUUGUUGUCACAGGCUAUAGGAAUACUGGGUAUUCAUGAUUGUGUAUGGACAAUAUGAUGGCCUGUUUACCCUGCCUUAAAGGUGUGUGAGAUGGGUUACAGUAUAAGGCUUGAUUGGUAGAGUUACGUAGACAUAUGAAAUGUGAAAUAGCCAUUGUGUUGUAAGGAUGCAAAACUGCAAAACCUUUAGACAGAUUUAGCCAAAAUUAUAACAUAAGCCUAAUAGUCAGGUAAAGCCGUGUUCUGAAAAAUUAUAUAUUUAUUACGUUGGACAUUUUACUUAAGGAAGUCUUGAAUAUAACAGGACCAGGAAAUCUAUAUCCUCCAUUUAUUAACACUCAUAACAGAAUUGCAGUAGCCUAUGUAUCCAUUAUAAUUGUUUUCUCUGCACACUAUUAUUUUAAUUCCAUGCAUUGUUGCUCUUUAAAAAUGUCUAAAAUUCUGUUAGUAUCAACGAGUGCUACUUUGAUUACUGCAAAAGAUAUGGAAGACCUGAAGUUGAUAUGCCGUCGUAACUACUUCUGCUCAGUGACAUUAGCCUCAGCAACGUGUUGAUGGAAGAUGGAGUAUGAUGGAUCAAAAAGGCUUUUACAUUGAAGGAAAGGUUGGAAUUUUCUUAUCACAGUACUCAGCUGUGGAACAAUCUGGGUAUUCAAGGUUAAGCAGAUUCUGAGGCCUGUUCUUAUGACCAGGCAAAAGUAGAAUGUGCUCAAUGAUUGUGACUGUGGCCAUAGUGGCAAAGCAUUCAGGAUUGCAGCCCUAUACGAUCCCAAGGACCGUAGUUUAGGGGUGUAAAUGUCAGGCAUCGGCACGAUAGGAUAUGAUUUUGAUUCUUCAGGCAAUGGUUUGAUAUUUGGCAAUAUCAAAAAUGUAGCUACGACACAAUCCAAAAUGAUCUGAUAUUACUUAUACAAUCAACAUAUGCACUCACUGGGCACUUUAUUAGGUAGACCUGUACACCAGCUUGCUCAUGCAAAUAGUUAAUCAGUCACAAUCUUGUGGCAGCAACUAAAUGUAUAAAAGCAGGCAGACAUGGUCAAGAGGUUCAACUGUUGUUCAGACCAAAUGUCAGAAUAGGGAAGAAAUAUGAUCGAAGUGACUUUGAUCGUGGAAUAACUGUUGGUGCCAGACAGGGUGAUUUGAAUAUCUCAGGAACUGCUGAUCUCCUGGGAUUUUCAUGCACAACAGUCUCUAGAGUAUGCAGAGACUGCAAAAAACACCCAGUGAGCACCAGUUCUGCGGGUAGAAAAGCAUUGUUAAUGAGAGAGGUCAGUGGAGAAGGGCCAGACUGGUCAAAGCUGACAGGAAGGUGACAGUAAGGCAAAUAACCACACAUUACAACAGUGGUAUGCAUGUGAAACCUCUUAAGUGGAUAGGCUUCAGCUGCAGAAGUCAAAAAAAGAAGUCUAAUAAAUACCUAAUAAAGUGCUCACUGAGUGUGAUUGGGCUAAUACAAUCCUGUUACAAUGUACACAUACAGCCAAAAUGAGGUUGAGAGUGCAAAAACUUAUUGACGUCAUGUUUAACAGAAGGAAAAACUUAAAUGUGUUGAGUGCUGAUGAGGAAUUGUUAUGCUGGAAACAAACAAUGAUGUUGGCAGUGUUCCUAGAGAGAAAAUCGGCAUAAGAUUAUGGACAUUUAAAUAAAUAUUUUGCUAUGAUUCAUAAUGAUACGGAUCAAUGUUUGCACUUGUUUGCAAUGCUUGUAUUGAUUGGGUUGGAUUGUUACCCUUUGACACAAUUCAUCAAUCCAUCGUAUCGUUAGACCCCGAGACCAUAUACAAUAUGCUCUGUAUUUUUAUACAAUAAAUGUAGUUUCAGUACAGUA